UAUAAACCCGAAGUGUCAACAAGUCAUGGCAGGGAAGAUUAAUUUACAGAGCGAAUCAGUCGUCAUUCGAAGCCUACGGCGCUUAAAAGAGAUUUAUUGGCCUUCCGGUGUGAAAGACAUCGAUUUGGAUCACGAAGAGGAAGAACCCGGCUUUUUGGAUUGUUUACCUGUGGACGUGCAGUUCCACAUCAUGACCUUAUUGUCGUCUGUGGACAUCUGUCGCCUGGGAGCAACCAGCCGCUACUGGAGGGCCUUGGUUCAAGACCCGUUGCUGUGGAAGUUUUUUCUUCUCAGAGACAUGCCAUCUUGGACCUCCAUUGAUCACGUAACGAUGCCGCAACUGGAGGCUCCAGAAGGUCCGAUCAUCAGUGAUGAUGCCGAACAGGACGAUUACGAGAGGACAGAAUCCAAAGUCGACUACAAGGCAGAGUAUCUGAAAGCAUGCCCUUCAUGCAGACAAAGAUGGCUUCCUUCGUGGCCACGGUACCGAGUAUUGACAUCCUUUCUGCAGUCUCUUGUGCCCUCAGCCGAACCGCGUUAUGUCAUGUUCGGGCCCGGCAUGGAGCAACUGGAUAUCUCUCUAGUCACCAGGCUGAUACACGCCUCUGAUACCCUACCAAUGACCGUCAUUCCGAGCAGUCAGAUCAAUGGACCUUCAGUGAUCGGCUCUGGCAUCACUUAUAUGUUCAACAACCAGCACAAGUUCAACAUCUUUACACUUUAUUCGACUAACAAAGCAGAGAGGGACCGCGCCAAACUACAGAAGCAGUAUAUGAGUGGUAAACUAUUCACUCUGGUAGGAAGCAAUGACUCGGGCCAUCCGAUCUACAGGCCGGCCCCUCAAGUGCAGCAGGUGUGCCAGGUCGUGGAAGGGGUUAUCUAUGUGGCGAACGCCGAACUGGGGAGAGGUGAAGGAGAGUUUGAGGGGGCUCAAAUCAGUGCUCUGCUGUGCUCCGCUUCCAAACCCUUGCUGGUGCUCUCGUGCGUUUCCAGAGAGGAAAGUGAAGCAGUCGGGACCACUAGAAUGCAAACUUGGCGUCGAACAUCCUGUAUUGACAUGGCAAAGAGACUCAACCUGCCUCAGUUACCUAAUCCCUGGAUGGUGCAGGACACAGUUGCAGAAUCCCUGUCGGGUCUUCUGGAUGGUAUUUCUUGGUUGCUGAGAUCCUCGGGUGUCAAAGUCUAUGAUGGCUAGGGUAACACAGUAACACAUGGACACACACGCUAAUCACGAAAAUCCUUCUAUUUUAAAAGGAAUUGUGUUUCCUUUCUAAAGCACAGCAACACAAAAGAGAAAAUAAAAUAAAAUCAAUACAAACAAAGCAAAAAGCUGAAAAAAGAGGAAACUGGAGUACUUGGAGAAAACCCCCGCAGGCACGGGGAGAACAUGCAAGCUCCACACAGGAAGGGCGGCGCCAGAAUUGAACCCUGCACCUCUGCACUGUGAGACGGACGUGCUAACCAGUUUCUCACCGUGCCACCUUUGUCUUUCGCGUUUGUGGUAAAUUCUGAAUAAAUGCAGCACAUCAUGCAUGCUUUUACUGUGUGCUGUUUGUGUGCUGAUGCUUCAUAGGUUAGCCCUCUCUGCGUUUACAGUUCACAAUGAUUUUGCCAGUCCUGACAAGAUAAUGUGCCUCCCUUAUCCUCUUUUGUUCUGGUUUCCUAGGUGACUGCAAAAAAUCUGUUAAAAGUACCAAUCUACCUAUCAAAAUGUUCCAAAGCCUCCAUAAUCAUUUUUAUUGACGUGCAGGUUUGGUAAUAGUGUGCCGAUUGAUGCAAUUUAGGGGCAUUAAGGCCGCAUGACUUGUGCUUUGUUUUUCCCCAAAAUGAAUUUUCAAGGGAUGUGGGGGAGGCAACCCCUGUGUGUGGGGGGGGGGGGACUCCCUUACCAAAUAAUCUUGUGGUAAAGCUAUCGUGGAACCUUGGAAGUCGAACACCUCAACACCUAAUUCGGUACCGCAUUAAAGGUCGGCACAAUGUGAA